UAUAUAUAAACUACCAACCAACCGACCGACCCAUUCUACUUCAAACAAAUAACCGAAACAACGACUAACAAAAAUGCAUAUUGAAAUACAAGUGGCAUUAAAUUUCGUUAUCUCGUAUCUGUACAACAAACUGCCCCGGCGGCGUGUAAAUAUAUUUGGUGAGGAAUUGGAAAAGGCGCUGAAGGAUAAAUUCCAAGGCCAUUGGUAUCCUGAGAAACCCGUUAAGGGUUCUGCAUUUCGUUGCCUAAAAACUGGCGAUCCAAUUGAUUCCGUUUUGGAACGUGCUGCUCGUGAAAGUGGUGUUCCAAUAACAGAUAUAUUGGAAAAUCUUCCAAAUGAGCUUUCCGUAUGGGUUGAUCCCGGUGAGGUGUCUUAUCGUAUUGGUGAAAAGGGUUCCGUUAAGAUUCUCUAUUCGGAGAAUAGUGACAAUCAAGAAGAUAGUUCAUCCGCUGAUGGCGAAGUAAAUAAGACAUUUAAUCCAGAAGCUCAAUGUUUCCGCCCCAUUGAUGCUGUCAACUCGAGCAUGAACAGUUUGAGUUUAAGUCCAAAAACUUCACCAAUGGCUGGUUCAUCACCGCUCUCGGCUACAUCCAAUUCGCCAACCUAUAAGGGAAGUCCGAAUCCUGUUGCAGCACCCGGUGUUAAUAAUGUUGGUUUUAUGCAACGUUCUCAGGCACCAUUGACAUUCACUACUGCUACCUUUGCUCAAACGAAAUUUGGUUCAACAAAAUUGAAAACUAAUUCCAAGAGAUCAAAUAACACUUCAUAUCGUAUGUCCCCUACAGAGUUCUCAAAUUACAUAAAACAACGUGCCAUGCAACAGCAACAAAUACAUCAUGGUGGCCAUGGACAUUCACCCAACGGCGUCGGUGGUCCUGGCCAACCUGGCAAUCAUUUUGGCCCCAUUGGUCCCGUAUCACCGGCACGAUCUCUGUCGCCCAAUCCAUUGUCAUUGGGUAUGGCACAAAAUGGUGGCGAUCCCUUUUACUUCCCCAGUAUGGCUAUGGGCAUGUAUCCACAAUUUAAUAACCAUCAUCGUAAUAUGUUUGAUGCCACUCAUUUCCAUGGUGCUGAUAGUAACGGGUUGUUUGCUCCGACCAACAAUGGCGUGGGUCAUGGCAAAUUCAAUAACUAUUUGGAACCGCAUGGUUUUUACAAUAUUGGAGGAGGAAAUCAUCAUAUGGCACAGCAGCAGCAACAACAACAACCACAGUCGCCCAUUGCCAUGAAUGGUGGUGCUGGUGUGGCUGUUGUUGGUGGUGGUCAUCAUUCGGUGGGUAAUAUGAAAGCUACAAAUGAUAAUGGUGGCAAGGAUUCGGCUGGUGGUAACUCCAAUAACAGCAACAACAACACCAACAAUGCUGCCAACAUUACUGUAACCGUAACCAAUGGCAGUGCCAAUGAAAGCACUGCUGUCAGUCCUGUGCCCCCGACUACCACUGCUUCGGCGGUAACAGCUGCAAAUGCGGAACGUCAAAAUGCCGCUGCCAAUGCCGUUGUAGCUGCUGUGACCGCUGUCAACAACAGCACCACCCAACAAGACUCGUCAUCAUCGUCGUCGUCGAACUCCUCCAAUGCUUCGGCUAACUCGAAACUAAUCGAUGGUCUCAAUUCAUUCUAUUCCAAUGCCACUGGCUCCUAUCAACAACUUUUAGUUGCCAAUUAAAAGUC